AUGGCCAGCACCGACACCGCCGAGCCGCAGCAACCGACUGAACGAGAGAUCAUGGACCCGGUGUUCAGCGUCUUCGUGGCGCCUCCCACGGCGGCCAGCGGCCAGUCGGUGCGUCUCGAGAGCGUGAGUCCAGCGGAUACGGUCGUGACGCUGCGGCAGCUCAUUGCCGAGUUCCCAGCGCUCGCGUGCUACACGUGCUACCACUUGGAGGCGCAGAGUGCGACGAGGGACGACACGUGGCAGCCGCUGAACGAUUACGUCGAGCUGGGCGAGUACGAGCACGUGACGGACGGCGCCACGCUGCGCAUGGUACUGGACACGUACGACGCCCGCAAAGUGCGUGCGCACGUGCGUCGCUUCCGUGACGUGCAGAUCAAUCCGCCCAUUCCGUCGGUGGCGGCUGAGCUGCUGGCGCCGCAAUCAGAAGCUGCUGGGAACAAGGAGCACGACACAGAAGUGACGGCGACCGAGGAGAUGGAGGACAGAAAGCUCAAGGAGGUCUCGGAGCAGCAGCUGAAGCGACUGAGGGAGAUCCACUACAAGCUCGAGGGCAUCGAAGUGCCCGUGGUGCCUGAUCUUGCGGAGUUUUACUCGUUUCCAGGAGCUGCUCCUGCUGCACAGGAAGAGACGGUGCAAGUAGACGGGUCUGCGAAGAGCAAAGACCAGAAGAAGAAGAAGAAAAAGGGGAAGAAGAACGCGCAGAAACAAAAAGCGCAGCCGCAGGUGCAGCAGUCUGAGGCCGGCGAGCAAAAGAAACAGGAGCAGGUGAUGAACGCCAAGCUUCCUGUGUGUGUUAAAAGCAUCGUCUUCUCGGGCUACAACCCGCCUCCAGGACCACGCAAACUCGCAGGUGACUUGCUGUAUCUCGAGGUGACUGUCGCCGGUGACAACAAACACUACCACAUCACGGCACAUGUCAAUGGGUUUUUUGUAAACCGUUCGACGGCCACCACGUUUGACCCUCGCCCAGUUGCGGCAGAUGGGGCCCACACGCACCUGUUGGCAGACCUGCUGAGCUCGGUGUCACCAACGUUCAGAGACUCGUACGCUGCGCUCCUGGCAAAGGCUGCUUCCCUGGCGAAGGAAGGACCUUCAUCGAUCGAGUGGAUGGUCGCUGCUGGUUCCUAUGUGGGUGUCAAGCUGCCAUGGAAUACUCCUGCUACUACUACAACGGAAAAGCACGUGUACGACCUUAAUCGCGCCGAGGAUGAACUGUGCGCGUCAUACGGAAUGGAUGAGCGAGGUGUCUUACGUGACUGGAACGAGGAGUACCAGUGCUGCCGUGAGUUGCCGACGGAAUCGCUCAAGGAAGAGAUCGUACGUGCUCGCGUCAUGUACAAGAUCGUGACCGAGUUCGUAGAAGCUGCGACGUCUGGCGCUGUCGCUAUCGUUGAGGGAAACAUCCCUCCUAUCAACCCCAUGGAUGACAAGAGCGCGCACGUUUACGUGUUUAACAACAUUUUCUUCUCAGUGUCAAACGAUGGAAAAUCGAUUAAAGAUGCUGCUGGAGGGGAGGAGAAUGCCUACUCGGCUGCUAACCGUGACCUGCUGGGCGUGAAGGCAUUCAAUGAGGCGGACGUGCGCGGCCUGCACACUUUGGCCACAACGGUUGUCGAUUACCUCGGCGUGCGCGUGAUCGCUCAAAGUCUGAUCCCGGGCAUCCUUAUGGGAGACGCUGCCUCCAAGCUUGUGUACGGUUCUGUAGACCACGGUAAGACUAUUGCUACCACCAGCAAGAUGCACGCUUUGAUGCUCGAAGCAGGUUCGAAGUUGCACAUUGCGGAGCGUACUAUCAAGCCUCUGGGAAAAAGCGAAGAGGAUUUGGCUGCAGAGGAGGAGCAGAAGGCUCUUGGUGUUGCGCCAGAAAGCAGUGGCGAAGCAAGCACUGAUUUGGCAACCAUUUGUGGCGCGGUCGAGGCCAAGGGCAUUCAAGGCUCUGAUGGGCGUCUAUAUGUUCUGGAUCUGGUUCGCAUCACCCCGAAGGAUUGGACAUUUUACAAAAGGAGUUACGCUGCGGAGAAGACGGAACAGGAUAAAACCGUUGCACCUGAGGAAGACGGGCUGAGCAUCGUGCGUACCGAUGAGGGCUAUGUGGCUUUGCUACGCCCAGAGUUGGUCCAGCUGUAUUCGUUGUGGAAGCAGAAUCAGGCGCGCCGCGCCGCUAGCGAGGCUCGCAAGGCGGCAAAGGAAGCCAAGACGACAGAAGAAGAAAAGGAGGACGGCGCUAAGACUGAUGUCGAAAAGGAGGACGGUUCUGUAGCGGAGAAGAAGGACGAAUCUCUGUCGAUCAAGAAGGACGAUCCGGUAUCGGAGAAGGUGGCUACCGAUAAGAGUGAGGUGCAAGAGGCAAAAGACGAGGAUGUUCCCCCGGUGCUGUUGAAUCCAAACGUGUUCAUGGAAUAUGCAGCUUCAUCGGACCCGGAGCAACUGCAGGCCGAUGAGGCGGCUGCAAAAGAUGCCGCGGAGUAUCUCCAGAAGAUUGUCAUACCUGCUUUUGUGGCCGACGUGCGGCGUGGUGCAAUCGCCCCUGCUGAUGGGUACGCUCUUACGCAGUUGAUGCACUCUUGCGGUAUCAACAUGCGCUACCUCGGCCGUCUGGCAUCGCUUGCCAAGAAGCUUGAGGCUGUUAGCGGUAUUUCCAAAUACAUGCUUGAGAUGCUUGAGGUAGAAAUGAUCACGCGCGUCUCCAAGCACAUUUUGGCUGACGUCUUGAACUCUGACGACUCCAUCCGCGCUGCCCCUGGAUCGGCGAUCGUGAAGUUGUUAAACGGUAUUCUUGGAUCGGGUUCGGGAAACGUGAAUAGCCCGGACACGAAUGAUGGCGAUGAUGCUACAACUACAACUGCUGUAUCGGAUACUGCGACACUUUGGGCGCGCAUUGGCAAGGAGAUCAAGACCCGGUUUGGCUACGAGCUAGCUCUUUGGGGUCCCGGUCACAACGAGUCUACUGGCGAAGAUACCGGCGUUUCUACCAGCCGUGCGAACAAGAUGGUCAUGCUGCGCCGUCUGUGUCAGCGCCUAGGCCUGCGGGUCGAAAGCCGUAACUACAAGUUUUCGUCACCGUCGCCGAUCAGUCUGGACGACAUCGCUGGCGUUGUGCCUGUCGUGAAGACGUCACUACCUGCCCACCCGUUACCGCAGGCGAAGCAGCUUCUGGAGCGCGGACGCUUGCACUUGAGCCAGGGUGCACUUUCCAAUGCGUACGAGUCUCUUCAGGAAGCAUCUUCCUUGCUUUUCCAAGUGUGUGGCGCUGCCCACGAAGACGCUGCUCUGUGCAGCUCGUCGCUCGCUACUGUUCUCUACCACGCUGGCGACGUCGCUGGUGCUAUCGCGCAGCAACAACGGGCACUGGCUCUGUACACACAGCUUCAGGGCAUUGACUACCAUGACACGGCAUACGCGCACGCAAACUUGGCGCUGUUCCUACACGCAAACGCCCAAACGGAUCUAGCAGUGCCGCACAUCCGCCGCGCGAUUUACUUGCUCGAGUUCUGCUGCGGUCCCCACUUUCCCGAGAUCAGCUCGCUCUACUUCAAGAUGGGUAUGAUGUGCCAGGAUGUCGGACAGAUCUCGCUGGCGUUAAUGUGCCAUCGCGAAUCUCUUCGUCGUGGUGAGUUUGACCGCAACCAAGCGGCGAACACGCUACACCAAAUGGCCAUGGCAUGCAGCUUGGCAGGUGGUUACCGCGAGGCUCUUGCCUACGAGAAGAAGGUAUACUCGCUUUUCAAAGAGGCAUUUGGUGAUGAGGACUCGCGUGUCAUCGAGUCUGCCAAGUUCAUGGCCAAGUUCACGGAGAAGGCUGUGGAGGGGGCUAGAGGCCGCCGGGAAGUGGAUGCCGCUGCGGCAGCGGAUGCCGUGGCCAACCAACUGCUCGGGGAGUUCGAGAUCAAGACGGAAGCCGACCAAGACGGCGGAUCGGGGGCUGCGGCCAAAAAGAAAACCCGGAAGCCUAAGAGCGCAGGCAAAAAGCACUAG